UGGAUUCGCGCGGGUUGUUCGUGGCAAAGCCUUUGAUGAGACACGAUUUAUCUGAAUAGGAACGUAUUGUGCAGCCGAUGGCAUGCCGCUAUUUCCUCCCUCUUCAGCGAUUCAGUCACCCUGGCAACGAACAACCUUAUUUCAUCUUCAAGAGUCCAAUAGUGAAUCGUUCUCAGACCUACUUUUAAUGUCAAGCGUUUCACAACAAUGUUAAACUGCUCCGUAAAUAUGACUUACUGGCGUCGGUUGCAAAGAUGUAUAAGCGUUUCCUUUUCAAUCGAUUUAACUUUAGCAAGUUAUUGGUCGUAGAUUCCAAAUCAUUCAUCCCGAAUAAGUGAAUUGUUCUAUUUCCCAUUGACAAACCACUCAUGUAAACGAUAUAUGUUAGCAGUAAUGUGUAAAUGUUUCUACGCGUUGAAGAUGAACCCAGGUCGACGAGCCAGACAUCUGAAGACGCUGUUAAUGAGCUAAGGUGUCUGUGCCCUUCUCAAGGUUCAACAGUAGCUUAAAGGGUGGAAAAGGGAGAGGCUCCUAGGGGACAAAGCAACGCGACGAAGCGGCCAUGACCACGUCAGACUACUUGAUAUCACUGCUGUGAGUUUGACGCAGUGAGGACGUGUCAUCCUCAUCAGCUUAGAUCUACCGUGCAUUGCCCACCGUCAUACCGCUCAAGCAACAGCAGUGUCAAAAUGGCAACAUGUACCCUAAGAACAAUGUUAUUAUCUCUCCUAAUGAUGAUAAUUGUCUUAACCCGAAUGACUUCUGCACUAGUGGUGCCCUUGACUGUAAAUGGAGAAUGCCCGAUCCACACUGUGCGAACUUUAGAUGGAAACAAUUGUAUGUCAUGUGCGUCUUGCUAUUCGGACUACUCACCGCAGGAUUGGCUUUGCAUGAACUGCACACAAGGUGGAGCCCCAUUUCUAGGAGAUGAGCAGCGUUUAUAUCAGCGACUGUUUCUAAAGAAACCCUACUACAACAGCCAGCUGCGACCUCUGAAGAAUAACUCGGAUCAAGUCGUCGUACAGUUCACCAUGUUGAUCAAGCAGAUUGUUGACAUUGACGAGCGGAAUCAGAUAAUGAAGAUGAACAUCAUACUACAGCAGAAUUGGAGAGAUCACUGGCUACAUUGGGAUCCUGAUGACUAUGGAGGAUUGAUGGAGUUAAGAGUCCCUGCUUAUGAUGUCUGGCUCCCAGACACAACACUUUAUGACACAGCGGACACAAACUCGGCCUAUGCUGGCAUCACAGGCACAAAUGUUGUACUGAGACAUGAUGGAUUAGUGCAGAUGAAAACCAAACCUUACAUACAACGUAGCACAUGCCACAUCAAGAUUCGCUUCUUUCCUUUCGAUGAACAGAAAUGCCAACUGAAAUUUGGGCUGUGGACAUAUGACUGGAAUCAUGUAGAUCUACAAAACUCAACAGCAGGACCAGACAAAUCGCUGUAUUUAGAGAAUGAGCAAUGGGACUUGAUGUAUUCAUGUUUCAAGAGGAAUCUUGAGAGCUACAUAUGUUGCCCAACUAAGUAUGUGGAUGUGACGCUUUUCGUUGGCAUACGCAGGAAGCCUCUGUACUACAUGUACAAGUUGGUGAUGCCGAUUGUUCUACUCUCUGCAUUGUCUAUGGUGGGUUUCCUGAUGCCUUAUAAUGUGGGUGUGGUCAAGGCAAACCUCAGCAUCACUCUUAUCUUGUCAAUGACUGUCUUCCUACUUCUGGUGGCUGAGACUAUUCCUAAGACAUCAGAAGGACUUCCACUUAUCAGUGAAUACUACCUAAGCAUCAUGUUCCUCAUAGCAAUCUCAACAGCGAUGAACAUCACAGUUCUAAACAUUUUCCACCGUGGGGAGGAUGGUAGUGUUGAGGUGCCUCAAUGGCUCCGAACGUUGGUGCUCAAGUACAUGGCUAGGAUCAUGUGUAUGGAUUGUAAGGGUGAAUAUUUCCUGACCAGACCCAAUGAGCCCAAGAUUGACCAAGCACGACUGGCAAUGCUCAGGAAACAAAGAUGGUUCAAUGCAAGGUAUGGCACAUCGUAUACACCGCUAAUUCAAGACUCAUCGAGGAUGAAUAAUGAUGGCAUGCAAGGAGGCUGCAGUAAUGGCCACAAUGCACAAGCUGAGUUAGACCACUUUGUUGAGAAUCUUGGAGAAUCUGACAACAUAAGACUAACCAAGAUGGAAUCCAACGUCUAUGGAAUCCUCAGACAGAUCCGUUCAGUGCAGAAAAAGAGUGACCGCACAGGCAGAGUGCAUAGAGAAUGGGCCUUGGUGGCCACAGUAACUGACCGCUUGCUGUUCUACAUCUAUGCCUGCUUUACAGUUGCAAUGUCUGUCAUAAUCUUACUAGUCAACCCAACUUUAGACGUCCAUGAUGGAGCUGUAUGCGGUACCACAGAAAGUGAGGCAGCAUAACUUAAGUUUUAAACAUACACAAAUACAUGUACACCCAUAUCAAUGUUGUAGCCCUGGAAAUAAUUCACUUGGGCCUUUGUUAUAACAUGGAUACCUAAUUGGUUCAACUGUAGUCUGGAUAGUCUACACUUAACAGUUUACAAUUGUCCAGGUCAAAUCAAUUUUGGGGCCCAAUUUAUGUAAAAGAUGACCAACUUCAAACUCGACUUCUGUAUUACAGCAAACCCUGGUACUUUUUUAAUUGGCUAUAAAUGCAAUGCAUCUUUACAACAAAUCUUCUUUGGAAGAAAGUCUUCAAGACCUUAUGGUUGGUAAAAUGUCAAUCAAGCUUUUGAUUCAAGAUGACAUGCUUAAAUUCACUGCAUCAAAGUCAGACAAGGAAUUCACUGCUGAAUUUUAUGAGAACUGAAAAAGUUAAACUUGCAUCCCAAUUGGGAGGUCGACCCAAUAUGCCAUUUAGUGGAAUCAUAAAUCUUGCUUGGCUACUUUUUGUGUUUAAGAAAAUAUAGCUGAACAGUUCUCUACUUAGCAAGAAUAUAAGCACGAAACCAAUCACAAAAGGUACAUAUCUUAUUAUGGCAAGCACAUUUGCAUUGUGCUUAGCUACUUUUUGUGCGUAAACAGCUCUAUGCAUUGGGCCCUGAUUAUUAUUCAUAUAAUUAGCAUUCCAAUAACAGGCGUUUAAUGAAGAUGUAAGAUUGUGGUGGUAAUGUCAAACCUGGUUCUAUGAGUUUUUAAUCUUUUAACUUUAUAUUUAUGUCUUAGUUUCUUUACAGUGUUCCACAUAUACAUGAACAUUUUAACAAAAAUGUUUAUUAAUUUGUAAACAAAGGGUGGAUUUUAUGUAAUUGCUUUGCAGAGUUGUCAGUUACAUUGCUUAACCGUCUUUCAAUUUUCAGGGGUGAAAACCAUUUUAGUUUACAAUUUGUAUAUUUUUUAUAAAUUUGAAAGAAAGAAAAACUCCCACCAUUUAUGCAAGCCCUGUAAGGCUCUUGCAUUUUGUAAAUAAUGUAUAAUUUCAAUAAAUAUCUGUAAUCUGCGUGUAAGGAUUUAUGUACUCAAACUACUAAGAAAAUCACAUAAUGAAGCUAUUUUAAUAGAGUGGAAGUAACAACUUGAAGCAUUAAUUGUUGUGUACAAACAUUCCACUUGAUCAUCAACCAAGUUCAUCUUUGAGUUUGUGUUUUAGUUUUAAUUACUUUUGGUGCAAGUUUUGGAUCACAGUGAAAUGAUGUUCCUUGAUCAUUCUUACCAAACUAUUUACUACUGGCACAGUCGGUGGUUUGUUUUGUGUUUUUUAUCUCACAAUCUUGACAUAAUUUUAGAUUGACUUCACAUAUUGUUUUUGUGUCCAAUAGGCAAAUGGCCUUACCUAAAAUGAAAAAUGGCUCAGCAUUAUUUUGAUGGCUACAUAUUUAAUAACAGAAAACACCAAUGUCAAUCCUUUGUCUUUUUGUUUUCAGGUACAGCAUUGGUUAUGUAGAUAGAAAAAAUGCAACUUUAACAGCGAAAAUGUGGCGUAUUGAUACUUUUCUUCCCCAUGCCCCCAGAGUCAAUCUCAUGUUUGCCGAGGGAGUUUUCGUUUUGGGUGACGGAUGGUUCUGCAAUAGUAAAAAUGUACACCACCACCGUCCGCUGUAUCAAGUAUCCAUUCUACGGACAACCCAUUGAUUUUUCAGGCUGAUGAACUUUUAGUUGAUCACAUGAGCAAGUUCAGUAUGCGGACUGCGCAUGUAUGAAUAUUUAUCAGUAUGUUGAAACACCAAACGUCAGUUUUAAGCAAAACGUAGAAUCAUUCCAGGUACUGUCAUAGAAAUUGACGGGCGACUGUCCUCAAAGUUGACGCAUGCGCCGAUAACUCAAUGUGUAGUUUUCACCGUCGUAGAACCAUCCAUCAUCCACAAACUCCCUAAUCACAAACAGGAGACCAUUGUGGUGAAGGGAGGGGGGGGG